GGUGCUCGUUAAUGACAGCCAUGCUGAAAUCUUUGCAAGCGUAUGUUAAACAGAAAAAGGACAGCCAUAUUGUACUCCAAGACGAGAAAAAAGAGAUGGUGAAGACUGUACCAUUGGUUAUUGGAGCAGGGGUCUUGACAGCCACCAUUCUUGUACUAUACAACAUUAGCCAGCCAACCAACAACGUUAUAAAGUUUUUCCGAUUCAAUCUAACGAACAAUGACAGGAAUAUUGUCUCUGGGUCGAAACCGAACAUUUUAGUGCAGGAAUUCCGUCCACAAUUUCCCAAGUCAAAAUCUUUGGCACAAAAAUUGUUUGAUAAAGAACUUUCUAGGAUAAGCAAGAACUUAAAGGAUGGGAAUAUUGCAGACUAUGACCCCGAGCCCCCCUCUGUUGUUUAUGUGAAUUCAAACGACGCUAAGAUUGGGGGAUUCGCCCAAACCUUUCAAGAUUUACAGAACCAUAUUGCAAAUGGACAGCUUAAUGGUUUCGAACCUCAUCCGCAACUGGACCAGAACUUUCACUAUAUGCAACUGCCAAAUAUCCCCGAUAACAACCAAAACAUUUAUAAACCUGUUCAUGUACUGUCUGCUCCUAAAGGCCAGAACUACCAAAAUAGCCAGUUAACGAAUGAAAAUCUACAGAAUCCGUCGCCAAAAGUCCCUAUUGAACAAACUAACCAAAAUGUUCCUGUACAGCAGAAUAAUCAAAAUGUUCCUAAUGACCAAAACAACCAAAACGUACCGGUAGAACAGAACAACCAACAGAUACCUGUUCAACAAGACAACCAAAAUGCACAGGUGCAAAACGAUCCUACUCAACAAGGUUGGAAAGUUGUGAAUACAGAAGAGCAGGUGCCCGAGAAUCCAGAGGGACCUCACAAAGAUCAGCUCCAGAUUCCAGCAGCCGAGUCAAACGGACAGAGGCCGCCUGACCAAUUCCAUUACGGCCCUCAGUCUCAGGGGGUGUGGCAAACGAUGAAACCGGCCUCCCAGCUAGCUGGUCUCGUCCAACAGGCUGAUGCUAUGUGACAUGAAUCAUGGAACUUUAUCCAAUUCAUUAAAGCAUGUCGUGCUCCAUUUUUUAAAAAAUAUGUGACUUUUUAUACCAGCUAGAUAUUUUUUAAGGCUGUGAACUUUUUUUGUAGGAUAGAAGCUAAUUUUACAGGCCGGAUGUUAAGCCAACAGCUAUUGAUUAUACGUGUUUAAUAAUUUGAUUAAGAGUAUUAUUUCUUGUAUAUUUGUUGCAUACUACAUAAUGAACGUAAUAUUCAUCUCCGUUUAUCGCUCGAUCAUGACUUAUUUUCCAACUUCUAUUUAAAUAUAAUUUGAAAAGUCACCCGAAACUACGAUUAGUGCAAGAUUUCAUUUGCGAAAUAUUAAGGGAUUGGCCUAAUGUUGUAGAACUUGUUUCAAAUCCUUUUGUCAAUUUGUUAAUUGACAAUUUUAUUAAUGUGAUAUCAUUUUGAAUGUCAAAAUUGUCCAAGAAGAUGAAAUGAACAAAUGGAAUGAAAGAAAAAACAUUAAAUCAGGGGAAAAAAUCAUUCAAUAAAAAAUCGUGAAUCAAUCACAUUUAAAGGUUUUAACAACUCGCAACGGUCUACUUGUUGCAUCGGUAAAAAAUUUACUUUUUAAUUAUAUAACGUGACAACAAAUAUUUUUUAACAAAUAGAAUCGAUGAUGUUUUAUCCUUUGAGGAUAAAAAUUAAUUCUAUGCUUAAUUAUACGUGUGUGGGAGGACUGUGUGAAAUAGGCAUCUAGUCAAGGUCAAGAAGUAGAACGCCCAUUUUUCUUGUUUAUAAAUUUGAAUGAAUUUUGAUUUCGAAAUCAUCAACUCCUGUAAGUGUUGGUAGGUGUAUUAAGGUGUGGGGGUAUUCAGUAGAUAAGAUAUCAGUAACUUGGAGUUUUUAGAUUCCGAACCAUUUCGUGCUGUGUUCCUCGAUAUAAGGGACGAUUAGUGGAUUUGUCAAGUUUCUUCAAAGUUUGCGAAUAAGAGAAAUUUUCUAACAUUUAUGUUAGACCAUAAAUUUCACUGAAUGCAAAUACAGGUAUCAAAAGUCACCGAUAGCAGCUAAAACAUUUACAUAAAUACCUAAUGUAAAUGAAAAUAAACUCAAAAUAACUGCUCAAUUUAUCAAAAGACAAGAAAAAAUAUCAAGUCGUCCGAUUCACAAAUCAACACAUCAUACUCUAGCGAACGAUUUUCAAUCGUCUUUGACGAAGUAUUUGUAUAUUUGUUGAAAGUGUGUUUAAUUUUACAGGUAUCCAAUUGGGGUGAACGAAUUAUAUCAGAGACAAUUUAAUAUCUUAUUUAUAUACUUUGUCACUUUUAUGUUAGUAUGAAAUUUAAAAUCAGGUGUCAUAACUAGAUUUCCUGUACAAAUGCUCUAUGAUUUUGUUGUUAACAUAUCACAGUAUUCUAUUUAUAGAACUUUAACAUGCAUUUAACAUGUUUUAACAUGCGUUGUCUUCAGGUUUGUUUAGAGAGAGAGAGAGAGAGAGAGAGAGAGUGUGUGUGUGUGUGUGUGUGUGUGUGUGUGUGUGUGUGUGUGUGUGUGUGUGUGUGUGUGUAAACCACUUAACAUGUAAUGCAUAUUUGUAAAUCUAUCAUGGUGUCAUAAGUUAAAAAGUUUAACUAAAUUGGAGUUGGAAUGUAUAUCGGAAAAAUAAUGUUCAAGGGCAAAUGUAUUAUUUUCAUUGAUUCCUCAUGUCCAUACAAUCUGAAAACUAGAUCUACUGUUGCAUUAUUUAAUUCAAAAGAAUUUGACGGAAAAAAAAUAAAAUAAUAAUGAUGACAU